ACAGCGCGGGGCCGGCGGGAGGGUCAGCACCGCGGACAGCAGCGCACUGCCCCAGCCUCAGCCGCCGCUCGCCAGCCUGCUCGCCCUCAGCCACACGCGCCAUGGCCGCGGAGACUCACCUGCAACGAGUCGAGAUCUCAGCCGCCCAGUUUUUCGAGAUCUGGAAUCACUACGACUCUGAUGGCAAUAGGUACCUGGAUGGGAAAGAGCUGCUGAACUUCAUCCAGGAGCUUCAGCAGGCACGAAAGAAGGCAGGAUUGGAAUUAACACCUGAAAUGAAAGCAUUUGUGGACCAGUACGGGAAAAGUACUGAUGGAAAAAUAGGAAUAGUCGAGCUUGCUCAGAUAUUACCAACAGAAGAGAACUUCCUAUUGUUCUUUAGGUGCCAGCAGCUCAAGUCAAGUGAAGAUUUCAUGCAGAUCUGGCGAAAAUAUGACACUGACCAUAGUGGCUUCAUUGAGACUGAAGAACUUAAGAGUUUUUUGAAAGAUUUACUACAGAAAGCAAAUAAGCAGAUUGAUGAUUCCAAGCUAACAGAAUACACCGAAAUAAUGCUGAAGAUGUUUGAUUCAAACAAUGAUGGAAAGCUGGAACUUACUGAAAUGGCCAGUUUACUACCAGUGCAGGAAAACUUUCUUCUUCAAUUUAAGAGUGUCAAAAUGUGUGGGAAAGAGUUCAAUAAAGCUUUUAAGCUGUAUGAUCAAGAUGGCAGUGGAUACAUAGAUGAAAAUGAAUUAGAUGCAUUACUGAAAGAUCUGUGUGAAAAGAACAAAAAGGACUUAGACAUUAACAAACUGGAAACAUACAAGAAAAACAUCAUGGCCUUGUCUGAUGGAGGAAAGCUUUACCAAACAGAACUUGCUCUUAUUCUUUCUGCAGAGCAGGAUUAGAGACCUCCUGUCAUUUCAGCUGAACUAGUGAUAUACUGUAUCAACACAAUAACUGUGCACUAUAAGGGAGUAGCCUGUACUUUCUUUUAUAUCUGUAAAUUUAAAUCGCAUAUAAUUAGCCAUGAUGUGUGGCACAUUCUUUUCAGUCUGUUUCUAUACUGUUUAAUGUACAGUUUUUGUAAUUAAGAUAAAGAGUGUCUGUUUGGGCCAGUCUGUAUAUUCAAGAAGAAACUAAGACCUUUUUUUGCUUUCAUAAAAAUGGCUGAAAAAAAAUUUAAAAUUCUGAGACUGUUUUGUUCAUCAUAUCCUUUGACACUUGCAACAUUUCUGUUCAAUUACACAUUAAGUAAAAGCCCAGAGAGCUCUUUCAGUGCACAACUAAAUACGAGUUUUUAAAUGUAGAAUGUAAAAAUGCUGUUUUCAAGUAGGAAAGAUGACCAGGGAUGUUUGAACUGAAAGAUUUACCAAGCUGGUGAGAAAUGUUUUCAGUAGUCUGACUAGCUACUUGCAAAUCUAUGCUCCUUGCAGUUUUGCAGUAAAUGAGGAAAGCUUACGAACUUAUGGCAUACAGACAUAACAUCUAUAAACAGCAGAUAUCUGGAACAGCUCCCAGUGCUGCUGUUCACAAACAAUGUUGUUUUCCAUUUAGCUGUUUAAUUUCACUAAAUUUAAACAAGGUGAUAAGCAUCUAAGAAAUACAAGAGACAAAGCUUCUUGACAAACUUUUAAUCUAUUUUGCAAACCUGGCUACAUUACAGAUAGGAUAAUUAAUACACACAUUCGCAUAAUACAAUAAGUGUAACUCAUGAAAAUUGCUGUGUCAGAGAAUAUGACAAUCCAUUUCUAAACUAUUUGCACAUAUUGCAGGUUAAAAUUAUUGUAGUAAACUGCUGUUUUUAAAUGAUAUUCGGUGUAACCUAUAAUUAAAUUUAAUAUACUAAGACUACCCUUGUCUAGUUUGUCUACUUCCUGGAUUUUCUUAGCAAGUAGAAAACAAGGAAAAGUGUGCUCGCUGCAUCUUACACUAAAUUUCUAAUGGAGAAAAUUAUUGGAAUUUAAGACUUAAAAAAACAAUCCAUUUCUCAAAGUACUAAUUCAACACCAAGUCUAGUCGUUUAUAUAGCAGACUCUAAAUUAGCUUACUCUGCAGGGGAAUUCUUAAAGCAGAAAGCACACUAUAAUUGCUCCUGUCUAUUUUAUAAUUGUGCUCUGUAGGCCUGGGUCUAAUUCUACUUACACCAGUUUUAUGCCAGCAUAACUCCAGACUUCAGUGGCGUUGCUCCCAAUUUAUAGCAGUGUGAGAACAGAAUUAGGUGUAUGUCUUAAUGUCAAUCAACCUAAGCUGCCUCUACUUAAAGGAUGGUGUUUCAGAAGCAAUCCCAGCUCAAUAGAUUAUUUUAUUAGCUGGAUACAAUGCCUAAAAUGCAUCCACAGUAACUUAUCUGACAAACAGGGGCAAAUCAGUUUAAUUAGAUAGAAGUGGUCUCAAGCAGCAAGUGUAUUGGGUCCUCUCCGAUCUUGAGAUAGAUGUAAUUAGAAGAUAGGAGGAGGUGGCGGCAACAGAAUGAUUCUUGGUGG